AUGUAUGCGGCGUCCGCGGCAAUCACCGAUCCCGCAUCUCCCGCGAUCGCCUCUUUCACUGCUGCCUCCCGGCUCCGAACCGACUCUCGCUUGCCUUCGUCCCUCGCACUUAUCGUUGAGAUCGCAUUGUCGGUUGCCGUCGCUGCACGAGCACCGCACGCCGAUAUGUCCAAGCCAGCUAUUGUCCCAGACACAACCGUCGCGGGUAUAGCGGUCGAUCCGCGCACACUCGACCGUGUUAUUCCCGAGUCGCGCAGGCCAGACGGCUCGGUCCGCAAACAAAUUAAGAUACGUCCUGGAUUCACGCCCCAGGAGGAUGUUCGCCGCUUCCGCGGCUCGCGUCAGCAACAAUUGGACACGCACGCACUCCCUAAGGGGCACAUCAUCGGCUGGACACCACCCCCUACCUCAUCUGCGCCGAAGCCAGGCGCUGCCCCCUCCACCGCCCAAAGCAAGGCAGCGAAGAAGAAUGAGAAGCGGAAGGAGAAGCGAAAAGAGAAGCGCGAGACGGAGCCGGUGAAAGACAGCUGGGAGGAUGAGGAUGAGGAGUUGCCCGGCACAGGCGCGCAGGAUGGCAGCCACUCCGCUGAUAAACCGAACUUGGCUAUGGCCCCCGAGACAAAGAAGAGUGCAGCAGUGAAGGAGAGGGUAGAGAAGGGAACGACGUCCCCUACCACGGAGGGAGACGACCAGUUGGCAGAGAAGCUGGAGAAACUGGAGGUGUAA